AACAUGAUGUCUCAGUACAAAACACUGACAGGAGGAGGGGAGUGGCUGCCACAGAACACACAGACAGAAUGAAUGCAAAGACCCAAAAGAACACUUCCUGUUGAUGAAAAAAUUGCAGCAGCAACUGUCUGACACAUCUGGACUGGAGAGGGGGGGAGGCCUGGCUGUAGUGUUAGCGAACUACUGGGGGAAUGGACAACGUUUGAUCUGCAAGACGGCUGUCAACAUACUGCAGAGACAUAUCCAAGACAUGGACGACGGCAGUAGUUACAUAGAGUUUGACGUGCCGGAGUUCAGCAACACUGUUCUGAACCAGCUGAAUGAGCUGCGGCUGCAGGGAAAGCUGUGUGACAUUAUUGUUCAUAUCCAGGGCCAGCCGUUUCGAGCCCACAAGGCUGUGCUGGCAGCCAGCUCGCCCUACUUCCGCGAUCACUCAGCUCUCAACACGAUGAGUGGCCUCUCCAUCUCGGUUAUCAAAAGCCCUGAGGUGUUUGAGCAGCUUCUCGCCUUCUGCUAUACAGGCCACAUGUCCUUGCAACUCAAGGAUGUCAUCAGCUUCCUCACUGCUGCCAGCUUCCUGCAGAUGCAGGCCAUCAUUGACAAGUGCACGCAAAUCCUGGAGAGUAUCCACUCCAAGAUCAGCCUCCCAAUCGACAUGGGUAGCCCAGAGAAGGAGGGCUCCCAGGCCAGCCGCAAUGGGGUCAAUGACAACAAUCUCUUUGUCAACCCUACCCAGAUCUCCCCCCCUUACUACUCCCGUCAGAGUCAGGCAAGCAGUGUGGAAGUACGCUCUGACCUGGCAGGAAAAAGCUUGGCCCGGGUUCGACAUCAGCAAGAGGAAGGCCAGUCGGACCGCGGUAGCAGUGAUAGUGUGUCAGAGCAGGAAACUCCCAUGGAGGGAGAAACGGAGCAAGUGGAACUGAUUGGCAAAGACGGGCAAGUGACAGACGUGCAUGUGAAGGUAGAGAAGACCGACAGGCCCACCUACUCAGACAGCUCCUCUGCUGGUGAUGACGGCUACCACACAGAGAUGGUGGAUGGAGAACAGGUGUUGGCUGUCAGCGUGGGCUCCUACGGUCCUGUCAUCCAGUCUGCUGGCUAUUCCUACUCAGGGCUGUCCUCCCCCUGCUUCGUCAGCCUCAGUAGCUCCAGUCCCUCCCGCUCCAUGCUCAGUGGCUUCAGAGGUGGCCGAGCCAGGGCAAAGCGUCCUAUGGCCAUUCCAGCAGGGGUGCUGAGCCAUAUCAAAUCAGGCUCAGACGACAGUGAUCCAGUUUUGGGACCUGCAAAUUUAGAGAAUGAUGUGCGAGAGCGAAGUCUGCGGAGCCAGUGGUACCCUUACAACGAGAGACUCAUUUGCAUAUACUGCGGAAAGACCUUCAAUCAGAAAGGCAGCCUGGACCGCCACAUGCGCCUGCACAUGGGAAUCACCCCAUUUGUUUGCAAAUUCUGUGGCAAGAAGUACACAAGAAAAGACCAGCUGGAGUACCACAUCCGUGGCCACACGGACAACAAGCCCUUCCACUGCCAGAUCUGUGGCAAAUGCUUCCCCUUUCAGGGCACCCUUAACCAGCACCUGAGGAAGAAGCACAUGGGAGCAUCAGAGGGCAGCAAUCAUAUGGACUCUCCAGAGAGGACGGAGGGCAGCUCAGGUCCAAAGGACCCAGAGGAUACCUCAGAGGGGAUGGCCUUUGAGGCACAAUAUGCAGAAGAGGCACCAGCCAAUGAUAUGGAGGAGAGUUCGAAGUGCAGCCCGGAGGAGGCUCAAGCAUCCAGAUGUGAUUUUUAGGUCCUGCUUCAGGUUAAGGAAGCUUUAAGAAAUGUUUAUUUCAUUUUGAACCUAAAGGAAGUUUUUUUUUUUUUUCUUUUUGAAUCAGCUCCCUCAACUUUAGACAUAUCUUGUGUCGGGGGUUUCUGUCAAUUUUGUGAAAGUCAGUUGUUGGACGUACUGAGCAAAUGGGUGCUUUUUAGAAUUUUGAUUCUUUCAAAGGAAAGGGAGUAACAACUUACUAUUUUUCAGGAGGUCCCAAUAAUCAAGACCCCCUAUUUGUUUUCUCUUUUUUAAUCUUUCCAUGUUUUUUAAAACAUAUUUACAGAGUUAUAUAGGCAUGUUGCAAUAAUUGAUAAUGUGAAAGCUCUGGUAAGAUGCUUGUCAUAUCACCUUUUUACCUGACCUGUUUUUGCACAUGUGGCCAUAGGAGGCCACUUAUUCACAAGGAAUGAUUUUUCUGCCAGUGCAAAGCUUCGUGUGACAUACCCGUUCAAUACCUCAUGAUGCAACUACAUACUCAUAACAGACAGUAUUCUAACUUAAAGGAAACUCCACCAGGUUCUACCUCAUAGCCAAGAACCUACCAGGAACAGAUGUGCUCACCGUUCAAAAUCCGUUAGGUUGUAUGUAUCUCAUUGCCAAACCAUGUAAAGAACAUUCUCUCAACACAAAGCCUUGAUACUUAAGUGAAAUAUUCCUUGCUGAUUGUAUGGAUUAUGGACACAGUCCUGGUUAAAUCUGUCAUGGUCAGCCAGGUUAAAUUGUUGACAAAGAAGGUGCUAUGUUAAGAGUGCAUUGAAAUCGCUAGCUUACUUGUGUGUUUGUUUUUGGCAAAUGCAGAGAAUAGAGUAAGAGAAUGGCUCUGUAUACAUUCAAGACAUGGUUAUUGCUGUCUCUUACCGAAUACUAGUUUAUUUUGCAAAACACUUAAGGAUUUUAUCUCUCAUGAUCACUACUGGAGAUCUCACUCUGUUGGCCAAGGUGUGGUUUUAGAUGCUAUCAUCCAUGGAAUGGAUGAAUGAUCCUCAUACAGUGAAGUCAUUUGUAUUGCUCUAUACUCUGAUGGCAGUUUUAUACUGAACUAUUGUAUGUGUAACUUGUUUUGUCUGGAAGUUAGGCUUCUAGGUUAAUAUUUGGUGCAUCUAACAAAGGCAGAGUACUCUUCAUUAGCUCAGCACAGUAGGAACAGUUCUGGAUCUGUUCACGUAAAUGGAAAUAGUAUAGGCUACUACUCUGAAUAAUAUGCAAACGGAAAGAACAAAGGAAUCUCAGCCAUCUUGACAUGGUAUUUCUUUUCCUCACCAUUUGAUAAGAGUUAUUGGUUUGUUCCCGUUUUCAUUCUGUCCUGCCUUUUAUGAUGGGACGAUUGAUCUGUGAUCUUUGUUCUCUGCAUUGGAUGGGGUCAGAUGCAGACUUGGAACAUGUUUUCCUCAUUUGUCAAUCCUACUUUAUGAUAUUGACCUAGGUGUGGUAUAGCUAGAUUAGAGCUAGGAGGUAAAAGAUUUUAUAGGAAGGUGGUGAACCAAAGUAUUGGUGCACUUUGCGGCGUUAGGGAGUGGUUUGGGUGCUGACCAAGUGAAAAAAUGUGUUCAUCUCUCUGUCUUAAGUCUGAUGCAGCAGCAGUAGUGGUAGCACCAGACUAGUAUUGAAAUUUGAAACAAAUUCUGGAAAACAGCCUGCUCCACAGCAGCGAUUUUUCCUCUGGGUGAAAAGUCAGUACUGCUUGACGUAAGCUUAGAUGAGACUCUGUAAUCGCAUAAAUGCUAUUGGCUACAAAGUCACUGCAUAUGACAGCAUUGUAUUUUAUCUAUAUUAUUUGAACCAUGGGUAACAGGGAUGGGGAUGUUGGCUAUUUAGUAUAUAGAGUCUUGCUUUUAUUUCCAUUGUGCUUUAAAAAUAAUCUGCAUUCACAGUAAAUGCAUAAAAUGGCACUUAGGAGGCCAUAUUAAUUCUCUUGUCAUAGCAUUGCCCUUGUGCAAAGUUAAAGCCCAGCUGGGUGGUCCAUUUUUGUCCUGUCCUGCUUUCUUAUUUGCCAUCCAGCUGUUAAAUGCCUUUGUUGAGGAUUGCCUGCUCUAUGCUUUUUAUUAUGUCCCAUCCAGUCCAUGCCUAAUUUGUGUCCUUACACUUAAUUGAGUUUGAUUAUUUUAUAGUUUUCUUAUAAUUUUAAAUUUUUGUGUGUCGUUUUACGGGAGGGUAUGGUGUUUUGUUGCUUCUAUGUCUUAUGUUACUUCAACAGCGCAGUCCAUUUUUCCUUUGAAUGUGCACUCAUGGUCUUUGUUCAUUUAUGGACACUGUUAAGAUAGCAAACCCAAAAUUGAUGGAAUUUUGCAAGAAUCAGUAUAGCUAGCUCUUCGUUAUCUUUUUGUGUACACAUUUAUUUCACAACUGUUUCAAUCAUCAAAAAAAAAAAAAAAAAGUCGGCCACACCAUACAAUACCUUUUGUUUGAAUGUUUUCAAAGUCAAGUUUAUUUUUGUCAGCUGCUGAUGUGAUGUGCAGGUUUGACAGCAAAUCUGAGCUCAUCAAAAUCAGUUGCUGACAGAGUUUAAUCUAGAGGAAAGGAGGAAAUGCAAAACCUCUUGCAAUAUUGUCAAAAAUGGUUUGAGAAUAAUGGGUACAGACUGCUAGAAAAAUGUGCCAAGAGUUCACACCAAAGACUUAACCUAAUAGCUGAUUUUUAACAGUAAAUUCCUGACUGUAUUGUAUAAUUGAAUGCUCAUCAAGAAAAAUGGGUUCUUAAUUUGAUGUAGACCUAGUUCCCGAUUUCUGAUCACAACUAUUCUCAAGGAAUGUAUGUUCCCCCUGCUUAUAACAAUCACUUGUCUAAAAUAGGAACAAGUUGCUAAGGAGAUGUUAAGCAGCUUAGUUAUUAUAAGUCACAUAGUAAAGCCAUAAAAGCUGACAAUAUAAAAGUUGUGCAAUAGGUAUUGUAAUUGUUUAAAAUGUAUACAAAAGCGAGAAUUCUUCAUGUGGCAUCUUAAACUUAGUGCCUUGCCACAAGCUUUACAUCUUAGACUCUGGCACUUAGACUUCUGUGCCUCGAUCCUUUUUAAAUGCAUUAAAUAGAGAGAUUAGAUGGAAAUAUUGCUACAUUGUUUAUUCUAAAGUGGUAUUGAGAAUGAGUAGACAUGAAUUAAUGUUCUUCCCCAUAUUGAUCUCCUAUCACUUAAAGUCCUACCCCUGCUUCUCUCUUACCAUUUGAUUCAUUUUGUUGUUGCUUGGACAGUUAAGUUAAACGUAAUAUGGUUGUAUAGCAUCAAAUUACAAUCAAAUGAGGCAGACCUGUUCCCUGCGCCCUUUUGUCCCAUGUUCAGAGACUGUUUGUAUACUGUAUCCUUCCUCUCUAAGCACUGAGGACAAUCUAAGCAAUGUACUUUAAGUUGCAGGCAUUUCAAUCAGGAGGGGAGAUGCGUGAGAAAUACAGAUCUACUUCUUCUCCACAAUUAUUUUGGAGCAUCUGGCCAGAGAACAGCUGCUUGAAUAUUUAGCAGACUCUAAACUGACAAUUUGUGGAGCAAAAACAAAAAAGAAAAAAAAAGAAGAAAAAAAGCCAAGCUUGCCCAGAUAUACUGUAGCUGAAUUGCACGUUGCUCACCCACAAAAUUGUAUAAAAAAAAUGCCAAUGGUUAUUUUUGUAACUUAACAUAAUUUCUCUUGUAUUUGUGUCAUCCAGCAUGCACUUAAAAUUAUCAGUCUAUAAUACAUAGCAAUUCCAUUGGGGAAUUCUAGUUAAUCACUCUAGUUACCCUUAAGGGACUCAGCUAUAAUGGCCUCAAUCACUUUGGUAAGGACCUCCUCCCCUUAAAUGGUGCUUUUAGACUAGUCAGGAUAUCUAUUGAUUUUUUUUUUUUUUAAUCUUAUCAAAUGAGUAAACCAGUCCGUAUAUUCAUUAUAGGUGAAUGGAGGGGAAGUUUGUUUUAAUACUUUUUAUGAAUUGUAGUUACUAAUACCAUAAUACGCACCUACAGAACCACCUGAACUUGACACAAACUCAAAUCGACUCUUUGCUCCAGUUUUCUGAGAGAGACAGGAGAUGCAUUAUGGGCCACAAGUAAUCAAAAGGAAGUGUUUACAGGGAAGGCUGUCAGACUACUUUUUGAAUUUGCAGCUCGUCCUAUUCCUUUUAUAAUAAACUCACUUCAGGUAGUUUACGAACACUGAUACAGGCUUAGAAAGAAAUCUUAAGUCUUCCAUAGCUUUUCUGUCGGUUUCUGUCCACUGUGUAUUAUACAAAAGCAAUAACCUUUUUAAAAGUGGUGUAUUGGGAUCAUCAAGCCUAUUGAAAUAUUGGCCUGUCAUAUAUCAAACAAAAUGAAUGUCAGGGAGCUGUUGAAUUGAAGUAGGACCAGGACAAUUUGAUAUUGAUUUAUUUUUUAUAUAUUUUUCUUGAAACUUUGGACAGGUUGACUUCCUCCUCAGAAAAAACAACUGGUGUUGCUUGCUGGUAUUCUAAAAUGCUCAUCAGAAUCCUAUCGCAGUCAGCGCACUGCAACACUAUAACUGAGCAUGUGUUUCAGUCAUCAACGCAAUGGCACUGGUCAGAGUUGCACCUCCAGCUGUGUCAAAUAAUGAAAGGGAUUUUGGGCUGUAUAGCCACUGUUUGGGAGUGAGUAUCUGUUUUCAUGUGAAGGUUCGGCGGUCUCCCGUACCCCCUCAGGCACUGAGACUGUAGAUUUAGUUGGUCAAGAUUAGAGGGGAGGUGGCCAUGGCAGGUGGGAAAUUUUUCAGUCGGGCAGUUGUCCCCUUUCUAUCCAACUAUCUACAUUCUCAGGUCUCCAGCUCAUAUAUUUGGUGACAAGGCAAAAAAAAAAAAAAAAAAAACUAGAACUCAGGGUAUA